AUGGAAGUGGAAAAACGCUCAUUUCGGGUCAUCAUCGUCGGCGGAUCUAUCACGGGGAUGACCCUCGCCCACUGCCUCGAUCGUGCCGGAAUUGAUUAUGUGAUUCUUGAGAAACAUCAAGAUAUAUUUGCCGAGCCCGGGAUUUCCAUCGGACUCAUGCCCAACGGUUCUCGAGUCUUGGAGCAACUAGGAUUAUAUUCUGAUGUGGACAAUCUCUACCAGCCAAUCAAGAAGAUAUAUCAGUGUUUUCCCGAUGGGUUUUGUCUCGAGGCUGAAAGCCCGGAUAGAAUAGUUGAACGAUUUGGUCUGCCAUUUUGUGUCAUUGAGAGGCAGCUGUUCCUCGAUGUUCUCUACUCCCACUUCCAGGACAAGUCGCGAAUUCACAUGAACAAGAAAGUGAUUGAGAUUACCCAUGGUCGGUCAGACGUGUCUGUCAAGACAGCCGAUGGGUCCACCUACACAGGAAACCUAGUCGUGGGUGCAGACGGCGUCCACAGCGCCGUGCGCUCAGAAAUGUGGCGGCUCGGGAACUUGGAACGGCCUGACUUUGUGACAGAGGAAGUCAAAUCCGGCCUCUCUGCGGAAUACGGUUGCGUGUUUGGGGUCUGCAAAACGCCUCCUGGUCAAGACCGAUGGGAGCAUAUUAUCAGAUAUAACCAAGAUUUCUGCUUCCUGUUCUUUCCUGCAACAGGGACAGAUAUAUUUUUCAACGUCAUCUAUAAGUUCAAGCGAAAGUACAGAUAUCCCAACAUCCCCCGUUUUAGCAAGGCCGAGGCAGUCAAAAUAUGCGAAUCUGUCGUCGACUUUCCUGUCUGGAAGGAUGUCAAGUUCGGAGAUCUAUGGGAACAACGAACCAAGUUUUCCUUAGUACCUUUGGAAGAGCACAUGUUCAAAAACUGGCACUAUGGACGCAUAGUUUGCGUUGGAGAUAGUGUGAGCAAGAUGUCCCCGAAUAUCGGGCAAGGUGCCAACACUGCAAUCGAGGCAGCUGCAGCGCUGACAAACGGACUCCGGAAGCUACUAAUAGACCAUAGUCCGGACCAGCCACCGGAGCGAGCACUCGCUUCCAUGCUGGAGGACUUUAACCAGAAGCAGCUCAAACGCCUGGAAACGGUUCAUGGAGAUGCGCAGUUCGUUACCCGACUCGAAGCUCUGGACGGGGGGAUACUCCGAUUCUUUGCACGCCAUGUAAUGGGGCAUUGUGGAGAUCUGCUUGUUGGUAAUCUUGCUCGCAUUGUAGGAAAGGGAUCGGUGCUGGACUUUGUACCGCUGACUGUUCGGUCUGGGAAGGACUGGCCCCCUUGCCCCUGGCAGUAUUCAUGGGGAAUCUCCGAGUCGAUUGAUUUCUGCAAAAACCUUACUUACGCUAUUAUCAUUGUUCUGGUUGCCCUGGUCGUCAGACAUAUGAUGAACUGA